UCGUAUUUUACCGCAUUUUUCUGGUUCUUAACGAUUGAUUAUCUCUAAUAUUUUUAAUCUAUUGAGUAGAAAUAUUUUCUUGAAUGGGGUUUUUUGAUAGGUUUUAAGGAUUUUAUAUGAUACAUGUUUCGUGAUCUGGGGUUCUUUUUUUUUUUUUUUCUGUUUUUUGAAUUUUGUUGGGUAAUCUAUGAACUGAAUGGAACUUGUAGCUGGUCACUAAUGGAAUAUAUGGAUGGAUUCUAUCCCCUAGAUAAUUGUCUACUAUGGUGGAAAUCUUUUCAAAAGAGCUUUUUUCUUUUCUAUCCCCUUUUAUAUCAGAUUUGCUGGAAAUAUUCUAGAGCUUCUUAGCUGCAAUGAAUCCAUUUAUCAAUUUUCUGGUCUAGUGAUUUAGUACUUAAGAGGAAGUAGAUGCACGAUAAAGCCGUGUUUUUGGUUGUCUUCAGUGAGAUAGAAUAACAGUCUUUUACUAGAAGAUUUUAACAAUAUUUAUGUCUUAAUUGUCUGAAACUCUGGCAUUUCAAAUUCGCUUAAGUUGGAGAUAUCUUUUUGUUAUCUACAAUUUUUCUUUUUGAAAUGAAAAUAUAUGGUUUUCAAAAUUAGAAAACUAUUUUCUUCUUUGUAAAACUUGGAAUUUGUUUGUUUAUCAUUUUUGAAAUUUUUUCUUCCAUUUCUACAAACUGAAUGUAUUUCUCUAUGAUUUUUAUUUGAAUAAAAAGUGAAAAAUAAAGGAGAAGAGAAAGUAGAAAAUAGAAAAUCUUUUUCCUGAAUUAAAUACGCCAUAGAAAGCUCCAAAAAUUUGAGUAAAUACAACUACUCAGUUAUGAAAAACUGAAUGUGGCUUGUCCUCAGUAUGCUGUUCAUGUUUCUCAUCUCAUUAGUAGUUUCUUCAUGAGAAUGUUUGCAUUUAAAUACUAAGGCCUAUGUAUACAAUAUGUUCCUUUUCCUUACUAAUUCAGUGUUAUUAUAAACGGAGUGUUAGACCUUUUUCAACAAACAUCUAAGGUUAGCUGUAAUCUUCAUAGCAAUUUUAUGAUAAUCCACAAUACCAGGUUUUUAAAUAUCUAAGUUUUAACAUCUGAAGGCUAAGACUUAAGUGGCAGAUUUUGUUAAGUAGCAGAAACAAAGAGAGAGAGAGAGAGACUUAGCAAGCUGAUUUUGGGAUUGAGUUCAAUUCUGCAGUUACAAAGUUGUUUAUGUGAACUGGAGUUCUAGAGUACUUUUAAUUUCUGACUUUGGUUGUAAGUAGCUAAUUAUAGUUAACUUCUUUGGUCUUACUGUUUCCAGUAUCUUUUCUGAUUUCAAGCUUAAGUUCUAUGAAUUUAAUCAGAUUUAGUUCACUGAUCCUGAAGUUUUAAUUGUUAUUGCUUCAUUCCAUACUGGCUCAAGAUUGAUUAGCAUUUAGCAUUUAGCAUUUCUAAUGAAAGUCCUUAAUUUGCUUAAAUUGAAUCUUUUUAUGGAAUUACACACUUUAGUUUUUACCUUACACCAUUCUAAUCUUGUUUCUUUUAGAAAGUAUUGAUGUUAGGUUCAUUUGCAUCUAGUUGAGGGAUCCAAAAUUGAAAGGAAGCAUUGAAUCUGUUUCUAAGAUGUAAAUUGCUUCAGUACAUUUUUGUUGGGUUUUAAAACUGAUUGAUCAUUGAAAUUAGUGUAAUCCCUUCAAAAAGUUUUAAUGCUGAGAUAUCUUUUAAACAUACUGAAAGUAAAUUCAACAUUUCAUUUCAGCUUCAGAAUGUGCUUCUGAUAACGCAAAUGAACCAAAUAGGAAAAACUGAAUGUUUAGAAUGAUAUUAGAAUAAUUGGAAACUUCAAUAACAAGAUAUAACUUGAACAGAUCAAGAAAUCAUUAGAUAUACAACAAAUGCUAAGCUUAAAAUCAGUAUGUAAUUAAAGAAUAAUCAUUGGUAAAACUAAAUGGCAGAGGAAGCUUAUUGACAUAUUAACUCUAGAAUCAUUCAGAUGAGCAUAUUAAAUAUCCUACCAAAUUUAAGAGAAACACUAAAUUAGAAAAGAGGCUGGAAACUAAAACCUAAAGAGAUUAUCUAUAGCUUGUUACGUACAAGUUACAACUGAAAUCAGAGAUUAAAGAGCGUAAAGUUCUUUCUUUUCCAUUAAAGAAAAAGAGAAUAUAUAAGCAGGCACCAAGAGUUGCCACCAUAUGCUAAAAAAUAGGGUUUACAAAUUUAGAAGAGCUUAAAAAUUUAGGACACAUAAUCAGUUACAAUUGCGGAUUUGGCUCUUAAACUGCAAAAUCAGGAUGCAAGAUUUCUCAUGGGCAAGAAGAUUAGUUUGCUCUUGUUUCGAUUUAUCUGCUUAGCAUAAUCUGAAGGACCUAAUUAUGAAGUAUACUAUAAAAAGCUAAGGUAAGAUUACCUGAUCAUUGGGAUUGCAAUCUUUUCUAUUUCAUAAGAUACAUCCAAACUUCUCUGACAGGUUAGAUUUCUUAGAGAAAAUAAGUCUAACAGUUAAACCUUGCAAUUCAUAAACCUUGUAUUUUUACACCUUACCUAUGACAUUGUAGCAAAUCCCAUUCACCUGGCCGUAAACAUUUUUUUUGGUUAUAUGAGUAUGCACUUUAAUUUGUAAUAUAUAGCUCAGCCUGCAUGAAAGAAUGAACAGCAAAGUUCUGGGACAAGAUUAAAUGUGAAAUUCUCUCUUAAUGAUUCAGGAAUUUUCAAGGGAGGUGACAGUAAGGAAGGACGUGCAUGCUCUAUAGAUAUCUUCUUCUGUGCAUAUGGAUCAAGAUCCUAAAAUUGAGGAAGCAGAAGGUUUAAGAAAUGGCAUUGAAUUGGUGAAAUUACCCUCUGAUAAGCAUCAUGAUCGUUUGAGACCUUCUGCUCGAUAUUAUUCAGUAUUUAAAGAUGCUGCAGAUCGUGAAAAGGGAAAGUAUUCCCUUAUCAAAGAAAUGGAGGACUUGCAGUUGGGACUUUAUGACAAACCCCUUCCAUGCUUUGGCUGUGGGAUUGGAUGGUUUUCUUUUCUUUUAGGAUUUGUCUUCCCAUUGAUGUGGUACUACGCCACAUUUCUGUAUUUUGGAAAUUACUACCGUAAAGAUCCUAGGGAGAGAGCAGGCCUUGCUGCUUCUGCAAUUGCUGCAAUGAUAUGUUCUGUCGCAGUGUUGGUCAUCCUAGCUUUUCAACUAUUUUAGCCUGGUUACUCCCAUUCGAAAGCCGUAUUUAAGACAUUUCUACUGUCAAAGAAAGAAAUGUUGAAUUGGAAGAAAUUGCCGCCGCAUGUAGAUAAUUGAUGUUCUGACAGGAGAGUAAAAAAAGAGGAUGAAAUAAUUCCCCCGGCUUAACAGAUUUUUAUACUGCAAAA